AUGUCACGGUGGAUCGUGUUCGGCCCGUUUCUGCUCUGUCUCCUGCUCGCGAGCGCCGCCACCAUGUCGGACGACGAGUUCGACUUCGACGCCGAGCUGGCCGCCAUGCAGCAGGAGUCGUUCGAGGAGGAGAAGCGGAAGCGCGAGCAGGAGCGCCAGGCGGCCUCGGCGAAGGUCCACCCGGCGCCGACGCCGGCUGAAGGGUCGCCGCCGGCCGCUCAGCCCGCCCAGCCGACGGCCAAGAACGACCCCGAAAUGGGAAACAUCGAGGACCAAGGAGAGGAGCAGGAGGAGCCCGAAUGGGCGCAGAAGUGGCUCUCCACCCACAACAAGAGGGAGAAGCUUCACGCCUUCGCGCAGUACAUCCAGCGCGUGCAGGACCUGGGCGAGGGCCCCGUCAAUGACCCGACGCCAGAGCAGCGGCACGCCACGUCCUACUGGCUGACGCGACGCUUCUUCCUGGACCGGUGCUCCGCGCACGGCGUGCCGCACAUUGUGCGCCACGACGGCCUCUGUCGCAAGCUGGGCUGGAUGCUGAUGGUGCUGCUCGCUCUUGGCGGGCUCGGCUACCAGGUGCACGGCACCCUCACCGAGUUCCUCGGCUACCCCAAGAAGGUCACCAUCGAGGUGCUAGAGGAAACCGAGCCCACGUUUCCAGCUAUCACAAUAUGCAACUUUAACAUACUCAGCGUAGACAAAAUGAAGACCUUGGAAAAAUACCGGGAAAUUGCGGACAUUGAGAGGGAGAUAACUUCGCAACGCCUUGAUUGUGCGGCAUAUCAAGACGAAUUCAACGGCUUUUACUCAACGGAAGAUGAUUACGACUUGGUGGGGGAAGACUACUGGGACUAUGCAGAAAAUCAGGAGUACGAGUAUGAAUCGCCGGAUGGAGAGGAUUCAGAGGAAGGAGAACACACGAGUCAGGCUCCAGACGAAGCUGACGGCGCCGCCGAAUCAGCAGAGCCAACCUUCUACGAGGUGUCCACGCAGCCGGGAGUCGGCAAGAAGGAAGGUGCCGACUCGACGGAAUCGAUUGGCGCGACGGGCCAAACCGCUGAUGACGUCACCGAGGCCGUGACCGAAGCGGCUGGCGGGUCCGUCAGACGACGGCGCCAGGUGCGAACCACUGGUCCUCCACGGAGUAGCAGGAGUACCUCGCCCAGACCGUCCGAUGGGUGGGCCGCACACCGUCUGUGGACGCCGCCCAGAUGGGUGGGCCGCACACCCGUCUGUGAGCGCCGCUCAGACUCCGUAUUCGAUGAUCUGGGGGACAACAAGAGCUUUAGGAAGCUGCUGGAAAAGCUCAAGACCAAUGACGGCGACCUGAAGAUGUUGCGGCGGGCCUUCACUCCCUCCGCGGACGAGAUGAAGCAGUACGGCAUAAAGAGCUCGCAGUUCAUCACCUCCUGCUCUCUGGACAACACCAAGUGUACCCACGAGGACUUCCAUCGAUGGCAGAGCGAUGGUUAUGGAAACUGCUUCACCUUUAACUCUGGCUUCCGCUACAAGAAAGCGGGGGGGAAGUGGAUGCAUCAAACGCCAAACAAGACCAGGUCCUAUGGAUCCCAGUCCGGUCUGCGCGUGACGCUGAAUGUCGACCCGAAACGGUACGCCUCGCUGCUGACGCCGGACCUGCCCUUCCCGGAGGAGAAGGGCUUCAGCGUGCUGCCCGGCCUGACCACCAUCGUCGGCAUGCGGCGGGCGUGCCGCAAGCGCUGUCAGGAGGCGGGACAUCCGAGGAGACCUGCAACUGCGCACGAUUCGGUGAACAAGGCGCUGACGAUCGGCCUGCCGUCUGACCUGCCGCCCUGCAAUCCGCCUGACCAGCCUGGAGGACGGUAG